UAAACUCGGCGCACGAGAAUGUAAAUGUUAAUUCAGCCCACAUGCCCCAUUUGCACGUCGCCGUGUGCAAUCAAUAAAAUGCCCCGGCUUAAUUUUUUUUCCAUCCGCAAAUUUUUCCCCAUCAAUUCCCCCCCGACAUGUAUAGCCAAAUAUCGACGAGAGAAAUGGGAAACGGCCCUUACGGCGCGGCGCCGACAAACGGUAAAGUGACGAACUGAAUGUUUUUAAAAGGACCAUAUAUACACACGCUUUAUUCCAGUUCCGUUUUAGCAGGGAGACGGUCCCAUUUUCGAAAGAUCGGACGGUUAGUGGCGAAACGAGAGAGUUUCGAUUAUCGCACCGGCGAAAUGAACGACAACGUGGAAAUAAUUCGUUCGAAUAAAGGCGGAUUGAAGUUGAUUCAUCGGGGGUACAUGUACACGGUGCACAAGAAGCGACAAGGGGGUGGAAUCCGUUGGCGUUGCACGCAGAGAAGUCUGCACUGCAAGGGCAGCAUAUCAACCGGCAACGGCCCUCCGACGGUCAACAUGCCCCACAAUCACAUUCCGGACCCGCACUCGGUCGCAUUGGCGCGCUGCAGGCAGGUGGAGGAGUUUCCCGAUAUCACGUCGAUGCUCGAGACGGAAUGCGAGGAUGUAAAAGAUAACAUUCAAAGGAUGGUAUACAGCGCCCCCCAUGUGCAAAUACCAACAACAUCCGAUGGGGCAUUACAAAGUCAGCCACUCUCACCGACGAAACUGAAAGUUCUACGUCAAAACAGCAGUAAGUGCUACCUGAAUAAGUCAGUAUCGGAAUCCGUGUCCCACCUUCCACCCGAAGAGGUUUGCUUACGGUGGAACAGUCACCACUCUAACAUGCAGAGCAGUUUUCCCAGGCUACUCGAGAAGGAGCAGUACGUCGAUGUCACACUAAUAGCGGAUGGCCAGUCACUUAAGUGUCAUCGGAUGAUCCUGUCUUCGUGCAGUGCGUACUUUGAAGAUAUCUUAAGCGACAUUACUCCGACACAGCAUCCGGUAAUAAUCCUGAAGAGCACGCCAUAUUGGAUCUUGAGGGCGCUAAUCGACUUCAUGUACGCUGGCGAAGUGAACAUCGACCAGAAUCGGCUUCCAGAACUGCUUGAUGUCGCCGAGCUUUUGAAGAUCAAAGGCUUGGCGGGCAAAAACAGCGCCGACCAAGACCAGCCGAUCAAGCAAGAGGACUUGCAGGAGUCGAUCGUGAAGGAGGACGUCGUGAAAAGUAGCUCGCCGACCAAGGCGGAGGACGCGCCGAUUAGUGACCCCUUGGAGUUGCUGCAGCCGAAAUUUUUGGACGAUCCCAUCAUGAAGAACAAAGAUAAGUCGCUACCGAGGAAGAUCUUCACCAAGAAAAUUCGAAAAAGGAAGGCGUCGGACGGCGAAACUGCCUCUCCCCCUCUUUUCCCAAUGAGGCGUGGCACUCGCUCCAGACCGAACGUCAAGGUUCCAAGAUACUACGACUACGAAGAUAUCGUCAAACCGUCAACGUCAGACUCGCAACCGGAAUCUCCAGGCGUCACAAUCAAAAGCGAGCCGCUCGACAUCGACGAACACGAGCCGACGUUCCUCGCCGAGAACUCGGACGGCAAAGCUACCGUCACCGCCAAACCGAAAGCGAUCGAGAAAAAGCCGAUCAAAACCGAGGAACUGAAACCGGAACAGUUGUACAAAAUCAAAAUUAAAUGUCUCGCGAGCCUCUCCGAGAGUUCGGCGAACGAGCGCGAGCAGAACGAUUCGGAUCCGCUCGACAUCGACGCAGACACGAAAAACAACGACAUUCUAAGCGCGCUGGAGAUCAUCAAAAUAGACUGCAGUGCGCAUACUCAACCGAAGACGGCCGAAAGUGAGAAACCGACCGCCGUUGAGAUCGUCAGUUCGACGCCGGUCGUAGACGAAUCGGAAAAAGAGGCCGAGGAGAAGUGAAUGAAGCGCUCAAUCUUAAUGUUUUCCUUAUUGGUUUAGUUUAAUCAUUCUUCGUUACCAAGAUAGUGAUCGAGUUCGACUGGAAUUAAUGUUUAAGUUCUUAUGAUUGUGAUAUUUAGGAUUUUUCGUUUUGUUUGUCUUUAUAUUAAAGGUGUGAACCCGA